GCGAAAGUUCGAUUCUCAGUGUAUACAUCACUUACUCUCCACGCGACGACGGAGGAGCGAAUCUUUUCGAAACUGGGCGAGCAAGAGUUCGAAUCCCGUUGGUUGCAACUGCUCGCCUGCGCCACACCCCGUGAAGCCGGCGUAGCUCGUAUGGCGAUGAAGUGACAGCGUUGCCUCGCUCCGCUGAGAGCAGCUGAUGAUCCUUGGCAAUCUGCACAUUUCGUGAUAUAUUCGCCGCUGUAGAUUUGUCAUCGGGGCCUGACUGUUCAGAAUCACAAUCUACAGAGGCCACCUGUUGCAUUGCUGCAAGCGCCGGUGUUUUCAACGCAGAAUCGCGCAUUGUCUGUGAAAGUUGUGCUGUUGUGAGAGGAUAGCAAUGCUUAUUCGAGUGGGAGAGGGCAGCUUAGUGAGUUUCGAUUAGGGUUUUCGCUUCGUAGGUUGAUGAUCAGGCCCAGCUGGAGACAGGAAAUGAAGAGCUGGGAGGUGGUGUGAUGUGGGAGAUUGGUGAUUUGUGCAAUUGAACUGGUGGGAUGGAGUUGGGGGAGAUUUGAUGAGAGGGGUUUAGGGUUUACGAGGAGAAUUGGGGUCGUUGCGAUGUCGUGUCAAUUGCAAUCCGAGGUGGAGGGCUCGCUUUCCGAGUUUGUACACUUCCCUUCGGCAAGCACAGUUGUUGAGCUCCAGGGAUACCACGGAAGGAUGGGAGCGGUGCCUCCUCUUUCGUCUGCCUCAAGGGCACACACUCCCAGACCACCUUUCUUGCACGAUGGAAGAAGCAGGCCACAUUAUAUGCAUGGUGGGGAGUUCGAAAUGCCAGAUUAUGAUUAUGUUGCGCGCAGACACAGCUAUGGUGAUCACCUAAGAUUGGAUUCCGGCACUUUAUUAGAGCGCUUAUUGCUGCAAGAGCAGCAGAAGGCGCUGCAGAUGGCGAGCCUCGUGCAUUCACAAACUUCUGGGUGUCUUUCCGGAUGCCAUUCGUACUGGUUAAGUCAAAAGAGGCUGAAUUAUAAGGACUCCGAUGAUCGGCUAGCGGAGGAUCGGAGACGUUGUUCUCGUAAUUUUGGCGAGCUGCUUUCUAGGUCUGUGAAUCCAGGUGCGAAAGCGGACACUAUGGAAUUCGCAGAUGGAAGGUUCCGGCAGCCGCGUCCUGUAGAAUCGAUUGGGGGAGUAGGAGAACGUAGUGAAACCAGGAACUCUUUCGCUGAGGCAGAGCUCGAGCGCUUGAUCUGCCAGGGUAGACGAACAUCAUAUCUAGUUUCCCACCCAGCGCUUUCAGAUUCACAAGCAAGCCACCACAUGCUCGAUCAACAGCCUCAUGUUGGAGCACAAGAGAGUUCUGCGCCAAUGAAUGGCUUUAGCGAUGCUGAUGCUAGAGUUCGACAAAGAUGGUCUUGUCAACGACAGGCUUACUCGGGAGAUGGCGCUGAGGAAAAUUGCUGGCAGAGAGCAACUAAGUCUGUGUCAAGGGUUGGGCCAGCAAAUCCAAGAUUGCAGGACCGCGUGUCUUUGUCGGGUAGAGCAACAGGGCUAUUGCCUACAGCUUUGGCCGAAACCCCUCAUAGACCAGUCGUAGAUUCCGGUCGCUCAACGCAGAGUACGCACACAGCUUCUCAAAAUCCUCUUGGGAUACCCGAGAACUCUUUGGAACCUUCUUACCAGGACAAUGCAGUCCAGGAGGCGGCCACAGAGCGAUUGAUCACCCAAGGCCCGGUCUCGUUAACUGGCUGGUAUAUCAUCAAGGUUGAAAUUACCAAUGUUGGCAGGGUGGUCGAGACAAAAAUUGCUGUAGGGGGUCGGCUCUUACAGAAUGGAGAGCAUGUCAAAACCAGGUGUAUUGUGAAUCGUGUGGAUUUUCAUCAGGUUGUUACGGAGGACGAUAUUGAAGUUUCUCUAGAGGGUAGCAUGGACCUGGGGACUUCGAUUGCAAACGGCUUCGCCCCUGGAAUUGUUCAGUGCUUAUCGAAUGGUUUUCCCUACAUGUGGAAGCAACUUUUGAGGGUGAGAACUGUUGGGUUGUCUUCUAGCUUGGCCGUAAGCGAGAGUAUUGGAGGUCUUCAUCCAGAAGCCUCUAAAUGUGCCUCAGAGGACGAGAGUCAGGGUUUCGUUGAUCUGAAAACCUCUGGAGUAAUUCCAAAGGAUAUCUCAAACAGUUUAAAGCAUUGCGAGAGUAACAGCCCUGUAGCCGGUGUGAAUGAGGAGGUUUCUGUGUGUAUUACAUCAGAUGGAGUUGAGACAAAAGGAGUGGAAACAGAGGCAGUGGUCGUUACUUGGGCUGAAGCCUCAAACGCGUUUGAUAGCGAACCAACAGAGCUAGAGGGGUUGGUCUCUGCUAGCUUUGAGACAUCAAAGCUAGUUGGAAUGGGGGCAAUGAAUUCAAAGGUAGCGGCCAGUGCAAGAUUUGAUGCAGCAAAUGCAGUUGGAAGAGAGGUGGUUGAACCAGGAGGAGCGGCUACUGUACGAGCCGAAAUGUCUAAUUCAGUUGAGAGAGAAGCAGUGGAGCGAGAGAGAGUGGCCACUGCAAGGACCAUUUCAUCUAAUGCAAUUGAUGAGAGCAAUUCUCACGAUAUUACUCGUCCAACCAGCUGGGAUUUUGUUCCAGGCAACGAAGCACCUGUCUCUGAAUCUCUUUCAAAAGAAGCUGAGAGUGGAUCGGUUUUAGAUACGGCCUUUGUUACAGCACGAAGGGGUCGCAAGAAUAAGAAAGGUUCUGCACAACCUGUUCGCAGUAGCAGACGGCAUCAACAACAACAGUCAAGAUCGACGAAAUUAUUGCAAACUCUGGUGGAUUCUUCAGGCACUGCUCAAGUUGAACAGUUCACAUCUGGUGUGGAGGUUACUAAAGAGAUGUUUGGAGAGGAGGAACCUCGUAAAGUUGCCCUAGAUUUUGAGCAAGACGCAACUGGAAGUAAAGAAUUAACCACGAUUAAUAGUAUUAUUGAAGAAGUUUUGAAUGAUUUGCAGCAAGAGGAUUUUGAAACUAUAAAUCAAGGUGGAGAUCUUAAGGCAGGUUGUUCGAGUAUUUCUGCUCAACGGCAACCAACGGAAAUGAAAAAAUCAGGCCAGGUUCAAGAUGUUGCUGUGAACUUGUUGAAAGACAGGUAUGGUGUUGAGGCCCUUAAGUUGAACGAGAAAGGAGCUACCGAGGAUGUGUUGGAAAGUGCAAAGGAUAAAGAGACAACCUCUGCAGCCCUCCUCGAGUUGGAGAGUGAGAAGAUUGAAGAGGUUACUCCUGCAGCUCCUUCCAAGUUGGGAAGUGAGGAGAUGGAGGAAUCAGCUCCUGUAACUCCUCCCGAGUUGCUUCUGAGCAAGGUGCAGUCGCGAGUCCAUUUUCAUGAUAAACUUAGCUUUGAAGCUUUGCCACAAGCAAGCGAGGAAUUACUGUUUCCCGAGGUCAAUGUCCGUAUAACACGGUCCUUAAAACGGCGACUGAGACAACCUGCGAUUACAGAUGCAAAACGAUCAAGAAGACUUUCAAAACCAGAAGGCCAAAGUGCGAAAUCUGUUACCUAUCUCAGCUCUCCCCUUGAAGAGGGCCCAAGUACGGAACCAAAUUCCAACCCUUCGGCUUCUCACCAUGAGAACUUAACUUUGGAACCAAUUUCCGAUCCCGCGACACCCCUCCAAGAGGCGGUGAAUGAGUUCUAUCUUAGAGGACGACAUCCUUACUCGAGUAGUGCAAAGGUUUCUAGGUGCUCAAAUUGCAAGCGUCCAUGCUCACCUCAGGCAAUGGUCGACUAUAAAACCAGUGUUGUGAGCUCAAAAGCAACUACUGAGCUCGUGGUGGAGAGAGCACUGAAGAUGGAGCAGGAAGAUUGUUCACCGUUGGAAUUUCAGAACCCUGCAAAAACCUGUGGGACUACUUCAUUGCCCGACAAAGACAAAUCGGGAACCUCUUCUGGGAAACGUCGAAGUCAUCACCCAAAGAAAGUCAAGUCUGCUAGCCAGCCUGCUAAAGGAACAAUGACUAGGAGAUCAAAGCUGGACGAUUCAGGUGAGGGAUCCAGUGCGGGUUGCAACCCAGUUUCAAGCAAGCGAAAUAAUCGUCGAACAUCCAUAAUCCCCCCUCCACUUCCUCCUCCCCGUGUGGAAAACGGGUUGAAGAGUAAGGUUCCUGAAGCUUUCGGUUUGAAAACGUCUCGGUCAGGGCGGCUGCUGGUUCCUCCGCUCGCGUAUUGGCGAAGCCAGACCAUUGAAUAUGACAAAGACGGUGGAAUUAUUGCAAUUUUUGACGGAUUUCAAUAAAAUCCGGCCGAUACUGGGUGUUUUAAUUUCACCCCUCCUCAAGAGAAACGUGCAAAGAGGAUACAAGAGGAACUUUGCAAGGCUGCAGGAACAGUCUUAAAAUGGAAACAAUAGAGCUACCUAUGGAGACGUGACUAAGGAUGUUGCAAGUCUAAAACUCGUGCAAAUUUUGGAUUCAGUGUCUAGUCUCGUUUUCUGAAAUUUCUGCACAUCCCUCGUUUGUAGUUCCAUUGAGGUAUAUGCUCAAAUCGAUCUUGUGCUACGGCUGUGGAUCCUCGAAAAAUAAAGUAAUCUAUUCUUGGU